AUGCGGGCUCAUGAUAGAGACAUAGACAUUCAUUCAAAGGACUCUGUCGCUGAUGAUGUUGAUGUUGCGGUGGGUUUGGACAAGGCUACGAUCCUUCCCCCCGAUCUACAAAUUUUUGAGAAUCAGCACGACGAUUCUCUUGUUCGAAGUGUUGUUCAAUUGAUGGUGGUGAAUGAGGAGCUUGGCCAAAAGUUAAAGACAACCGAACAAUUAGAGAAGGUGACUCUUGAUGUAGCUGCCUUGGUGAAGGGGCUUAAUUCUUCCCUUGAAGCAAAUAUGGAAACCCUUCGAUCUUCACUCAAAGAUGCUGAGGACAAGGCUUAUAAUGAGGGUUUUGAGAAGGCGGAGAGUGUUAUGGCGGAGCAAAUCCCAGUGAUUGAAGGUUUUUAUUUUAAGAAAGGGUGGGAUACGGCCUUGGUGGAAGCCAAAGUUCCCACUGAUUUUGAGCUUUUAUCUAUGAAUGACGUAACCGUCCCUUCUUCUUUAGGCAGGAAUCUUCCCCCGACCGAGGUCCCUGUGGCCAACACCCCUGUCGUCGUUUCUUUUACUGUUCUUAUUGAUGAUUCAACUGUUGAUCCUAUUGAUCCAUCUGAUGUGCUUUAA